AUGGUCACUCCAGUGACCAAGGGAGGAUUAGCUGAACAAUAUAAGAAAAGAGAUUGUGUCGAUGUUAAAAUUCAUGAUGUUGACAGAACGAAUACUGAUCCAAAAAUCUUACCUUAUUUAAUUCUUUCAAAAGAACAAAAAGGUGAAGAUAUUAUUUUUUAUUUAGCAUGUCAAUUUGGUUUAUUAUCAACUAGGUUCACCAUUGAAAGUCUUGUUGAUCUAAGAACAGCUUGUUCUGAUGAGUUAAAAAAUUUAGAUGUGUUUGAACUUAAAGAUGAAAUUACUUUGAUAGAAGCAUCGAAAUUGUUUAUUUGUGGAGCGGUAAGUGGAGCAACGUGUGAUUGUAAAACGACAUGUGCAACAAAGCACUGUCCAUAUAAAAAAGCAGGAGUCACAUGUUCAACAAAAUGUCAAUCAAAAAGAGGUGCAUGUGAGAAUACAAAAUAA